UCAACGUGUGCCAGCCAAUGCGCAAUCGCUGCGCAAGGUUGACGCCCAUGAAUGCAUCAAAGUUGUCCACAGAGUUCCAUCAAAGAUGGCGUCUCAGCGUCGGCAAAUGAUGCAAAGCCAUCAGAGCUGGACAGAUGACCUGCCCCUGUGUCAGAUGUGCGGGGUGGGAACAGCCCCCAACUGUACCUACGGACCCGAUGGAAAGGACACCCAGAGCCACCCCAACGAGGACGGACACUUCAGGUUCAGAGGUGAGGAAGGCUGUUUCCUGUAUGGAGUGUUUAAUGGGUUUGAUGGGAGCAGAGUGUCCAGCUUCGUCUCUCAGUGUCUGACAGCAGAACUGCUUCUGGGACAGCUCAAGUCUACACACACUGACUCUGAUGUCCGCAGAAUUCUCUCACAGGCCUUCGACGUUGUAGAGAAGAGUUACUUUGAGACAAUCGGUGACGCUCUUGCAGAGAAGGCUACUAUUAUAUCCCAACUACCUGAGGGAGUAUCGUUCCACCAGCUCUCCCCCCAGAGUCAGAAGCUUUCUGAGAGGCUGAAGGACCUGGAGCAGGAAGUGUCUGGUGGAGCUACCGCUGUUGUGGCUCUGAUACACAACAACAAGCUGUACAUCGCCAACGUGGGUACCAACCGGGCCCUGCUGUGUAAGUCAACCAGCGACGGUCAGAACCAGGUGAUCCAGAUUGGACGACCUCACACCACAGAGAACGAGGACGAGCUCCAGAGACUGGCUGGGCUGGGUCUUGAUGUGUCUGGUCUUCGUCAGGCGGCUGUGAUAGCUGGUCAGAGCAGCACCAGGAGGAUUGGAGACUACAGGGUUAAAUAUAACUACACAGAUAUAGAUCUGUUGAGCGCCGCCAAGAACAAGCCAAUCAUAGCAGAGCCAGAGAUCCAGGCCAGCCAAUCGUUAGAGGGUGUGACGGGCUUCCUGUUGCUGAUGUCAGAGGGGCUCAUCAAAGCCCUGGAGUCCGCCCACGGACCCGAACAGGCCAAUCAGGAGAUGGUAGCAAUGGUAGCAGCAGAACUAGCCCAACAGGGAAGCCUAGAGGCCGUGUCCCAGUCGGUGGUGGAGCGGGUCAAGCGGCUACACCACGAUGUCUACGCCAGCGGACGCCAGAGAGCGUCCCACUGCUCCCGUCACGAAGACAUGACGCUGCUGAUACGCACACUCAACUACACGCUGGCCGACGGCGCACUCACACCCACACAGGGUGGUCGUAUCUACCCAGUGUCAGUGCCCUACUCCAACUGCCCCAGCAGCACCAGUAAGACCAGCGUCACCCUCUCCCUGGUCAUGCCCUCUCAGGGGGGUACCCUCACCAACGGGACCAACACAGCCUCCACUCUGGAGGAGGGCACACCCACACACACACCUGGCCAGAGUCCCACCACCACGCUCCAUUCCACCAAUAACCAGACCACCCAGAGCUCCAGCUCUUCUUCAGGAGACGGAGGCAGCCUCUUCAGACAGCGUGGCAGCCAGGCGGUGCAGCCAGACGAGACCGGACGGGUCCCUCCCUAUGUUGACUUCACCCAGUUCUACCGGCUGUGGGGGUCGGACCACGGAGACUUCCUGGGGACACAGGGGGCCUCAGCUGGGCUGGGGCCUCAGUGAUGGAGGGGGACAAGAUUUGGGGUGAAGAGAGUGAUAACUGCUCUUGAAGGAGGGAGGUAUAGGAAUGUAUUGGAGGGGUUGUGUGAUGGAUUUUGGUGGUGUUGUGGAGAUUUCGAGCUGAUAAGGCAUCCUUAGGCAGAAACGGAUUUCUAUUUUUUUUACUUUAUCACGACUAUUCCUUUUCCUACAGCUGAUAACGUGUUUAUUACACACCUAAAGGUAAUGUUAUUGAUGGGUCAGGUGGACGACAGGUAUGCUGGAAGGAAGGCUGAUCUAGCAUCAGUUUUUGCUUUAGAGAACAAUGAAUAAGAUUAUAUGGACAGGGGUGACCUGAUCCUAGGUCAUUGCUCUUACUCUGAAAUGCUUGAUACGGCCCCAGAUCUACGUGAAUGGACUGAAUUCACUCCCAACACACAGUCAGUGAAUGUAUGUUGGCUGGCAUUUAACUCCUGUCACCUGCUCUUUGUCUGUCUGUGAACAAGGGAGGGAGGAGGAGAGGGGGAUGAAUGAUGUGGGGUUAUCAGUCUGUCUGUGAACAAGGGGAGGAGGAGAGGGGGAUGAAUGAUGUGGGGUUAUCAGUCUGUCUGUGAACAAGGGAAGGAGGAGAGGGGAUGAAUGAUGUGGGGUUAUCAGUCUGUCUGUGAACAAGGGGAGGAGGAGAGGGGGGUGAAUGAUGUGGGGUUAUCAGUCUGUCUGUGAACAAGGGGAGGAGGAGAGGGGGAUGAAUGAUGUGGGGUUAUCAGUCUGUCUGUAAACAAGGGGAGGAGGAGAGGGGUGUGAAUGAUGUGGGGUUAUCAGUCUGUCUGAACAAGGGAAGGAGGAGAGGGGGUGAAUGAUGUGGGGUUAUCAGUCUGUCUGUGAACAAGGGAAGGAGGAGAGGGGGGUGAAUGAUGUGGGGUUAUCAUUCUGUCUGUGAACAAGGGGAGGAGGAGAGGGGGUGAAUGAUGUGGGGUUAUCAGUCUGUCUGUGAACAAGGGAAGGAGGAGAGGGGGAUGAAUGAUGUGGGGUUAUCAGUGUGUCUGUGAACAAGGGGAGGAGGAGAGGGAUGAAUGAUGUGGGGUUAUCAGUCUGUCUGUGAACAAGGGAAGGAGGAGAGGGGGAUGAAUGAUGUGGGGUUAUCAGUCUGUCUGUGAACAAGGGAAGGAGGAGGAGAGGG